AUGGCGGCGGAAAGAUUCGACACCAGUUGGAUGUGGCAUCCUUCCUUUUCAGAGGAAUGCACCGAUACCGCCGGCCUAUUUGUGCAUUUCAGGCGGACCCUCAACUUGGACAGCGUCCCAUUGAGUUGCAAGAUCCGGAUCAGCGCAGACACGCGCUACAAGCUCUAUGUCAACAAGAAACUGGCGAGCUUUGGGCCCGUCAAGGGAGAUCAGAGUCUCUGGUUCUACGAUGAACUUGAUAUCGCGCCGUAUCUGGGCCUCGGAGAGAAUGAAAUCAGCAUUCGAGUAUUGCGGUUUUUCUAUGCAACUCAAUUUGCAACCAGCUUCCCCCGUCUGCCAUCGGGAGGAGUGUAUAUUGUGCAUGUCGAUUCAACCGUACCGGAGGAGCUGAACAUCAAGAGCAGCACACUGUGGGAGACGGCAAUCGACCACUCAACUAAACUUCGCAUCAAUGAAGUCGAAGACGACUUCCUGCAUAUCUAUGAACAGACCGACAGGGCACCAGCUGUGCCCCUGGAAUGGAUCCCGGCAGCUUUGUUGUCAUUCCCAAAUUUGACCGGACUUUCUGCACCCUGGAAAUUGUCUCCCCGACUUAUUCCAUACAUGGAACAACGACGGUCACAAUUCAGCGCGAUCCACAACCUUCGCAGCUGCGUACCCCAUGAUGUCUGGCAUGCGACUCUCGUCCAAAAGUCAGACCGACCGAAUGUGCCUAGUGAACUUCAUCUUCCUCCGGGAUCCAAGCAUCAAUUGGACUUGGAAGCAUCAUGCCAUAUGACAGCUUUUCUCCAACUACGCUUUCUGCGACCGGGGAUGGGAGGCAGCCGGGUGACGCUCACGUACGCUGAAAGCUAUGAAGACACGCCCAUCUUCAUCCCUUACUUGAGAAGCAAAGGUCACCGGUGUGAUACGAGCAAGCCCCUAUUUGGGCCCCAGGAUCGAUACACUUUGGGGCCGGCUAAUCACCUCCCGGGACUUGGAUACGACAAUCAAGAAGACGAGGAUGAAGUGAUCGCGCCGUUCCACUUUCGUACAUUUCGCUUCAUCAGGCUUACAAUCGAAGUAGGCUCUUCCGAGUUGCUCUGGAAAGGGAUCGAUCUCGAGACGGUUAAUUAUCCUUUGAACAUUGUUGCCAGUCUCAGAGUCGACGGAAAAGAAAGCGCCACAGUGAAGGGGCUUUGGGAGACGAGUGUGCGAACUCUCAAGAACUGCAUGCAUGAUUGCUACGAGGACUGUCCCUUCUAUGAGCAGCUGCAAUAUGCCAUGGAUACUCGAAGUUCUGCCCUUUUCACCUAUUAUGUCUCAGGCGACGAUCGACUAGCAAGGCAGGCCAUCAUACAGUUGCACAAUUCUUUUCAGCCUCACAUAGGCCUCACAGCAAGCCGGGCACCCUCACAUCAGCUUCAGAUCAUCCCGCAUUUUUCGCUCUAUUGGAUCUGCAUGCUAGUCGAUCACUGGACCUUCUUUGCCGAUCGAGCCUUUCUCCGCCCAUUUCUUCCUGUUGUCGAUGCAAUUCUCGCAUAUUUUGACGGUCGAAUCGACCCCAGUACUGGUCUGGUCGUUCUUGCUGAGGAGACCGCAGUAUGGAACUUCCACGAUUGGGCGGACGACUGGCGGCCAUACGGCAUUCCUCCGGCUGUAGUUCAGACAGGAGUAUCAUCAUACUCAAACAACGUGUAUGCAUACACACUCAAAAAAGCUGCCACCCUACAACUCGGUUGUGCUGGAAGAGCGUCGAUUUCAGACGAAUAUCUUGCGCGGGCAGAUCGAAUCGUUGAUGCGAUAAGGUCGCUCUGUUUUGAUGGCGAGUUUUUCACCGACACCCUGGUAGCCAGCUGCGAUAAGGUACAUCACCUGAGCCAGCAUAAUCAGGUCUGGGCAGUUCUCAGCGGUGCAAUAAAUGGCCAAGCUGCCCAAACCCUUCUGCUUCGGGCGCUGAGCUCGGCAGAGAAUCGGUCUCUGACACCGACCUCAAUAUCCAUGUCUUUCUAUACUUUACGUGCCUUGAGCGCCGUCGGAGGUGGUGUAUAUGAUGAACUUUUCCAUCAAUUCUGGAAGCCUUGGAACGCGCAGAUAGCUCUUGGUCUCACGACGUGGGAGGAGGAUAGUGUCUCGCAACGCUCCGACUGCCAUGCAUGGGGAAGCGCGCCAAUCUAUGAAUUCAUGGCCGAAGUUAUAGGCCUUCGGCCAGGAGAGCCCGGUUGGGCGUCUCUGAUAUUCGAGCCGAAGCUGGGGUUGUAUCGCGAGAUCAAGGCAACUGUCCCGUUUCGCAAUGAAGGUCAUGAGGCUUUGGCCAGUGUUACAUGGAUCACAAACGCAUCCGGUGAGAUUACGAUUUCAUUGAAUGUAUCAAAUGUGUCUUUGCAGAUCCCGGUCCAUGUGAGGCUUCCGUCGCAGGCUGAGAUGUUGAUGAACACCGCAGACGACUUGACAUGGACCGUGAAAAUGGCUUGA